GCCAUCUUGACUUGGAAGUUCCAUUUUUCAUACGCAGCUGGCGAACUCUGCAUAGAAAACAUCGGCGACAUGAGCAGUCAAAGCUCGCGAAAAGAUUCGGCGAGCACUGUCAAUGGCUCGGACACCGUGGGUCCAGGAAGGGAACGAAAGUCUGAUGGAGGGGUUUUAAAAAGGUUGAAAUCGCGAAAAAAUCAGACAGAUAGACGGCCUGUUACGGAGGAUGAACUACGGGCACAAGGAAAAGACAUUACUCCAGACGGUGUCCUCGGGCUUCGCUGUGUCACCCGUGACUACCUUUGCAAACCAGAGGACAACAUCUACAAUAUCGACUUCAUACGCUUCAAGAUUCGUGACCUGGAAACCAACACAGUUCUGUUUGAAAUUGCCAAACCUCCAAAUUGUGACCCGCAGGAUGAGGAUGAUGAGAAUGGAGAGGUGGACUCCACCGCUGGCCGCUUUGUCCGUUAUCAGUUCACCCCGGCGUUCCUCCGGCUGCGCACCGUCGGAGCCACUGUGGAGUUUACGGUGGGAGAGCGUCCGGUGCAGAACUUCCGGAUGAUCGAGCGGCACUAUUUCCAGGAGCGCCUGCUGAAGAGCUUCGACUUUGACUUCGGCUUCUGCAUCCCCAACAGCCGGAACACGUGCGAACACAUCUACGAGUUUCCCCAGCUCCCAGAGGACAUGAUUCGUCAGAUGGUGGAGUAUCCAUACGAGACGAGGUCUGACAGUUUCUACUUUGUGGACAACAAGCUCAUCAUGCACAACAAAGCGGACUAUGCCUACAACGGAGACAUGGACAAUGUCCCUUUUACAGCCUGAUCCACUAGCGGUGCUGUGAAAAUGGAGGCUUUGGCUGCCAUGCCGUCAGCAUCUGUUAAUGCUGUCAGGGUCAGCUGCUCAGUUAAGCCUUUGAGGAGUACUGUCUAUCACAUGAUGUGUGAUUAGAGCUAUAGCACAAAUGUUAAGUUCUUACUAAGAUGUCACAAACAUUGUUACCAGGAUCUAGAACCUAUAACAGCGUUGGUUCUAUGAGCACUGUAGAAUGUUACUGUUAAAUUUCCCAGAAUUUUUGAGAAAAAUCUAUACUCCUCCAAGGGUUCGGAAGUUUCUCAUAGUUGUCAAGAGAGAAGCAGAGAAUUGAGCAAUUUGUGUUUUUAAACAGUUGCAGUCUUUCAAACAAGAGAGAUGUUCCCUCCGAGAAUGUUUGAUACACAACAUCUUUGGGAAUAGUGUGUAGACAUGGGUAAAAAAGAAGUAUCAGGAAUUUUGGUUACAUGGCUUACGCUUACAUUUCUUUGGGUCUGUUUGCUCAAUAUAAUGAUUGCAUCCUUGACCUCCAAGCCCCUACACUCUAACGUUGAGCAUGAUAUCGAAGUGUCCUUGGAUUCACUGGAAGGCACCAGUAUACAUGUAUUGUUCUUU